UAAAGCCAAGUGCAAAGCUUCUUCUGUUCUAUUCUUGUUCUCCCAUCAUGUUCGGGCGGAGACGGGGAUACAGACGGGGGUACGGAGGCGGUGGCGGUGGUCUAGGCAUGGUCCUACUCGCCAUGCAGCUGCUACAUCUCUUCCAAUUCCUCUCUAACUCCAACGACUAUUACCCUGUAACUUUGGGCGUUCUAGGACUCAAUCUUCUAGCCUUCUUUCAACCGGGCCGCAGCUGGCCGUCAAUCCACCAGGCGUGCAUAAGCGUCCGCGGAGCGUGGUUUAAUCGGGAAUGGAAGCGAAUAUUCCUCGCCUCGUUUUACCACUCGAGCGAUUUUCAUCUCUACUACAAUAUGGCGUCGUUCGUUUGGAAGGCAAUCUCGUUGGAGAGCUACUACGGCAGCGGAUACUUCAUGUACAUGGUAGCCGUGUUCUCAGUCGCCACAAACUUGCUCUACAUUGCCAUAAACUAUGCCCUGGCAGAAGUUAUGGACCAAUGGUCGUAUAUAAACUCUUGUGCCGUCGGUUUCUCUGGAGUCCUGUUUGCACUGAAAGUCGUCACCACUCAUAUACAACCGGCUGGAAUGACGCGAGUGAUGGGUUUUAUCCCCGUGCCUAUGAGAAUCGCUUGCUGGGUUGAACUAGUCCUCAUCUCGGUCCUCUUUCCCCAUGUCUCCUUCAUUGGACAUCUUGCUGGGAUAUUAAUAGGGUUCGCCUUUGUUUACGGGCCUCUGCAGACAAUAAUGAACAUACCCCUCUCUCUCUUGACCGACUUUGUUCCAAGCCACACUGCCGGUGGAGGAACACAGUAUGCAGAUGGACAUUCCUACACAUACAGAUCUGGCACAACUGGUCGCAGAGGAGCAGAGCAGCAACAAAGAAAUCAUCCACCCCCUCAGCCAUCAGCAAGACCGUACCACUCGUACACUUAUGCUGCUGGGCCAUUAGGGAGAGGAGAUGGAGAAGGAAGUGAAGAAGCUGAACUGCAAGAAGCAAUCAGGAGAAGCUUGUCCACAGAUUCAUCGGGAGAGAGUAGGAGAACGGAAGAGAGAGAAAACGGCACACAAAGUACAGUUGAUGAGGGUUUACGAGAGGAGAGGACCCCCUGAAAUAGACCCCUCAGAUCCAUCCAGACCCCCUCCUUACAAUCCCGACUACGAGACUGCCAGUCCCCAGCCCAAUGUGGGAUGGAACAGAGACCUCCUGGAACAGACUGGGGACAUGGACAAUGAUUCUACAGCAAGUCGUCCAAUAGGGUUUGAAGCCCUGAAUAACUCAAAUCCUGAUUCCAGUUCGGUUGUGAGUAUGGGAACGGAGCUUCGUCACCGUCGGAACGAGGCACAACACGAACCAGAGACGACAGAGGAGGGAGAGGUGGAGGUGGGAAGGAGGGAGAGAGGGAGGGAGGUCAGGGAGGGAAGGGUGGUUCGCUGACGAGAGAGGAGAUGAGAGAGGCAAGGUUGUUGAGAUUAAGAGAAGGAAGGGACAGAAGACCACUCAGUGAGCUCUCUGGACACUCAUUCUCCUUCAAGAAGUAGCUCACUCCAUAAUACAUUUAUUGACAUGGAUUUUUUGAUCUAAACAACCAUUACAUCAUGCCUCUCAGUCGUCGGUGUUCCCUGAUUUUAGAUGAAUGGUCGUAUAUUA